AUGGCGUCGAUCCUAGCCGUUGCUAUGGUUGUUUACGUGGGCGAAGCGAUUUGCAUCUCUGUGUACCAACAUCAACGGAACAGACUGCGGGUAAUGAUGCAAGGAGCUCUCGUGGGCCUUGUAUUCACCAAGACUUUGCAAAGCCAAAGUAACAACCACGAUCGCGGGAAAUCAGUUACUCUCAUGAACACCGACGUAGAUAGCCUGAGCGGGAUAGGCAGAAUGGCCCACGAUAUUUGGGCUUAUUUUCUCGAGCUGGCUAUAGGAAUGGUCAUUCUCACCUCUCAAGUCGGUUGGCUAUCCCCCGUUCCACUUGUGAUUAUUGUCUUCUGCUCUCGGGUUAGCAAGUAUGUUGCUCAACACAUGCACGGCAGACAGAAGGAGUGGAAUGCAGCCACGCAGAACCGACUGUCGAUGAUCACUGCGUUCCUAGGGUUGAUAAAGACGAUCAAGUUGCUUGGCAUCUCCGGUUCAAUAGCAAAAUAUGUCGCCUCUCUUCGCUCGACGGAAAUUGAACGCGCCAAGAGCGUGAGAUGGAUCAUGGUUGGCUACAACGCUAGCGCCAAUUUCCUGGGUAUAUUUGCGCCUGCAAUUACUAUGAUACUCUGUGGAGUCCUCUCCCAGAGUAAUCACUCGACCAUUGACGCCGAAACCGCGUUCACGACUAUAGCUGUUCUGUCCAUGGUCAUUCAUCCAGCAAACAUAAUAAUGACCAUCAUUCCAAGAGUUGUUGCCACGUUUGCCAGUUUUAAACGCCUCCAAAACUAUUUAUUGGAAGCUCCUCGCCAAGACCAAAGGGUUGUUCUCAAAGAUAAGCCGGAGAGGCUACUUCCUCAUGGAAGCACCGCUGCAGCCGUAAGCCUCGAGGAAGUCACAGUUGAAGCCGAUAAGAUGUCGGCGCCGGCUCUCGACAGAGUGACUCUGGAAGUUGAGCGUUCAAGCAUCUUCAUUUAUGCUGGUCCAACUGGCACUGACAAGACAGUGCUAGCAAAAGCCAUACUAGGUGAGGUGGCUGUUUCCCACGGCACGGUCAAGACGGCAUCGAGACGGAUUUGUUACUGCGAUCAAACGCCUUGGUUGCCCAACGGCUCCAUUCGAGAUGUCACAUGUAACUUCGCAACACAUGUGGACGAGAAUCGAUAUCAAAGUGUUGUUUCAUCAUCAUGCUUGGUGCACGACCUUAAUCAGCUACCAAUGGGGGACAGCACAGAGAUUGGCAGCCGCGGUUUGAACCUGUCAGGGGGGCAGAAACAGAGAAUGGCAUGA